AGAGUUUUGUCAUUCACAGGAAGUGAAGAAAGACAGGAUGUGUGAAAACAGUAAACUGGCAAAAGAUCGUGCAGUUUUUACACUCGGACUGCAGAUUGCAGUGAGAAUGUUUGGUGUUUUCUUUCUGAUUUCUCUGCUUGUGAUUCCUGGGAUUUGCAGUCAGGAAUGGAAGGUUCAGUACUCAAGUUUGAGCAAAUGUGUCCUAAAGGGUUCAACAACACAUUUAUUUGGCACUUUUACACACCCAGGUCAUCUCACUGUGACAAAGACAUUUUGGACCGUAAACCCAGUUAAAGGCCAAGACGUCAUCAAUCUGUUGGAUCUUCCAGAUUACAAAGACAGAGUUCAUUAUUUCCCCAAUAAAAACCGAACAUUCGCUCUCAGACUCAGUAAUGUGACAGGAGAGGAUGAAGGAAUGUACUGCUUCAGAAUCAUAACAAAUGAAGAAGCACAAAGAUAUCUGGGUUUUCCUGGGAUUGAGCUCAACGUCACAGAGCUCAGAGUGGAGAUUCCUGAAGAGGUCGUUGAGAAAGAUUCCCCUGUUUUAUUUUGUAAGAGCACCUGUUUCCUCUCAAACACAACAGGCUUUAUCUGGUAUAAAAACGGCGAGUCUUUCUCCGAGUCGAGCGUCGGGAAUCGUCUGAUUCUGCAGUCGGUCAGCAGGGAUGAUGCGGGAAACUACAGCUGUGCAGCGAGACCUCAGGAACAUCUGCCGUCUCCUGCCGUCACUCUCAGCGUCAGAUAUCCUCCUCAGAGCAUCUCAGUGUCCAUCAGUCCAUCUGGUGUAAUAGUGGAGGGAGAUUCAGUGACUCUGAAGUGCAUCAGUGACUCAAACCCUCCUGCUGUGAACUUCAGCUGGUUUAAGGAGAAGGAAACCUCAGCUGUUGGAUCUGGACAGAGUUUCAGCAUCUCCAGCUUUAACUCCAGUUUCAGUGGACACUUCUACUGUGAGGCUCAGAAUAAAUAUGGAUCUGGGAGAUCAGCGUCUGUGUCUUUGUUCGUGCCUGCAGGUGUCCAGAACACAGGUCUGUUUGCAGCUGCUGGCAUCGGGGCGGCGCUCAUCGCCGUCUGCGUUAUUGUUGUAGUAAUAAAAAUCACAAGAAGGAAAGCAGGAGAUACUGGCGUCCAAAGUGGAGUUUCAAAACAGGACAACAGCAGCGCAGCGGGGGCGAAUCAGAUGAGCACGAGUGAUUCAGGCGUUCAGAAUGACUCGAUGUACGCAAGCAUCACUCACAAGGAGCCUCCGAGCGCUGGAGAUGAAGACGAGGUUCAGUACGCCACCGUCCGGCACUACAGGAACGCAGGGAACACGAGUGUGAAGGCUGAGGGUCAGUCUGGAGACGUGAGGGAUCGUGGUCCUCCUGACAGAUCCACUGAGGAGGAGCUGGACGGCAUUCGGCUCUGCAAAGUCACGAUGGUGUCGUCUCUCAUAAAGUCUCUUCCUCUGAUCGUAGUGAUCAUGACUGCGGACCUGCAGGUGGAGACACAGGAGAGUGUGAAAUAUGGAGAUUCAGUCAGUCUGAGAUGUAAAAGCAGCUGCUCUCUGCCUCAACAAACAACAUUCAUCUGGUACAGAAACACACAGAGAAUAACUAGAGGAAUUGUGAAAGGGAAUCAGCUUCAUCUGCGGUCAGUCAGUCGUUCUGAUGCUGGAAACUACAGAUGUGCUGUAGGAGGACAUGAACAUCUGAUCUCUCCUGUUUAUCUUUAUGUUGACUGGGUUGAUGGUCUGUGGGAUUGGGGAGUGAAUUACAGUCCUUCAUAUGUUUGUGCAUUAAAGGGAUCAACAGUGACAAUAUCCUGUACUUUAACAGAUCCUCAGCGUUAUGAACUCAUCAAAGGUUUCUGGACUAAACCUGUUGUAGGAGAAUCACCUGAUCUGUGUUCAGAUCCAGAGAAGAGAGGAGGGAUUCAGUGUUUGAGUGAAAAUAUAAACACUAACAGUCUCACUUUGAUGAAUGUAACAGAAGCUGAUGAACUCGUCUACUACUGCAGAUUUAUAGACGGGCAGAAUAGAUGGACAGUGAUUCCUGGAUCUUGGCUUGAUGUCACAGACCUGCAGGUGGAGACACAGGAGAGAGUGAAAUAUGGAGAUUCAGUCAGUCUGAGAUGUAAAAGCAGCUGCUCUCUGCCUCAACAAACAACAUUCAUCUGGUCCAGAAACACACAGAGAUUUGCUGAUCGAAAAGGGAAUCAGCUUUAUCUGCGGUCAGUCAAUCGUUCUGAUGCUGGAAACUACAGAUGUGGCGUUACUGGACAUCAACAUCUGAUCUCUCCUGCUGUUUAUCUUAAUGUUGAAUAUCCUCCUCAGAGCGUGUCAGUGUCCAUCAGUCCAUCUGGUGUAAUAGUGGAGGAAGAUUCAGUGACUCUGAAGUGCAUCAGUGACUCAAACCCUCCGGCUCUGAACUUCAGCUGGUUUAAGGAGAAUGAAACCUCAGCUGUUGGAUCUGGACAGAGUUUCAGCAUCUCCAGCUUUAACUCCAGUUUCAGUGGACGCUUCUACUGUGAGGCUCAGAAUAAAUAUGGAUCUGGGAGAUCAGCUUCUGUGUCUCUCACUGUUAACGGGGUUCAGAGAGAUGCUCUCCUCACAGUUUCUGGGAUCGUGGCGGGAUGCGGAGGAUUGAUCUUCAUCAUCGUCAUCAUCAUUGUGUUCAUAAAGAGGAUGAAGAGGAGAGAAGGUGGAACUGAAGACGAGAAUCAAAAGCGGGCGGCUGACGCGAGUGAUGAUACAUACACAGCUCUGGAUCCAGCGUCCAGAACAUCUGCUGACGUUUACAGCACAAUCACAGUCACGUUUGACACAUUAAACUGCGGAUGUUUUUCUCAUUCGGGCGUCGACACUGAAACAUCGACACUUCAGAGCGAAGUCACGAUGGUGUCGUCUCUCAUAAAGUCUCUUCCUCUGAUCGUAGUGAUCAUGACUGCGGGGGCUGAUGGUCAGGAUUGGGGAGUGAAUUACAGUCCUUCACGUGUUUGUGCAUUAAAGGGAUCAACAGUGACAAUAUCCUGUACUUUAACACAUCCUCCUGGUUAUGAGGUCAGAAGAGCUUUCUGGACCAAAACUGGACAAUCACCUUAUCUGUGUUCAGACCCAGAGAAGAGAGGAGGGAUUCAGUGUAACAGUGAAUAUAAUGAAGACACUUCCAGCAUCACUUUGACGGUUGUAACAGAAGCUGAUAAACACAUCUACUACUGCAGAUUUACUACAAAUAAACUGGAUGGAAAAUGGACGGGGGUUCCUGGAGUUCAGCUUGACGUCACAGACCUGCAGGUGGAGACACAGGAGAGUGUGAAAGAGGGAGAUUCAGUCAGUCUGAGAUGUAAAAGCAGCUGCUCUCUGCCUCAACAAACAACAUUCAUCUGGUCCAGAAACACACAGAGAUUUGCUGAUCGAAAAGGGAAUCAGCUUUAUCUGCGGUCAGUCAAUCGUUCUGAUGCUGGAAACUACAGAUGUGGCGUUACUGGACAUCAACAUCUGAUCUCUCCUGCUGUUUAUCUUAAUGUUGAAUAUCCUCCUCAGAGCGUGUCAGUGUCCAUCAGUCCAUCUGGUGUAAUAGUGGAGGGAGAUUCAGUGACUCUGAACUGCAUCAGUGACUCAAACCCUCCUGCAGAAAUAAACUGGAUUAAAGAAGGAAAAUUGCUGCAAUCUGGCGACACCUUCAGCCUCAUUAAUAUUAAAUCUGAGGCCAGUGGACACUAUCAUUGCUCUGCUAGAAAUAUACAUGGAUAUUCGACCUCUGCUGUUGUGACAGUGAAUGUCAUGUACGCACCAAGAAACGUCUCAGUGUCCAUCAGUCCAUCUGGUGUAAUAGUGGAGGGAGAUUCAGUGACUCUGAAGUGCAUCAGUGACUCAAACCCUCCUGCUGUGAACUUCAGCUGGUUUAAGGAGAAUGAAACCUCAGCUGUUGGAUCUGGACAGAGUUUCAGCAUCUCCAGCUUUAGCUCCAGUUUCAGUGGACGCUUCUACUGUGAGGCUCAGAAUAAAUAUGGAUCUGGGAGAUCAGCGUCUGUGUCUCUCACUGUUAACGGUAGUGCAGUUUCUGGGAUCGUGGCGGGAUGUGGAGGAUUGAUCUUCAUCAUCAUCAUCAUCAUCAUGUUCAUAAAGAAGAAGAGGAGAGACGGUGGAGCUCAAGUCAUCAGACAAAACCAGGAGGAUCACGUCGACAGAUCAGCAGAAACGCCUUCGACCAAUGACGAGCCAGUGUAUUCACUAGUAUCAGCCAAUCCGAGGGAGGAUCUGUAUGCCAAAAUCCCAGCUAAGAAACCCGAACGCUCCGGGAGAAAACACACAGAAACAGACUCUGGAGAUGUUAAUGAGGUUCAGUAUGCCAGUGUCUAUCACUUCAAGAACAAACACAUGAAGACUGAAGAGUACGACUGCAUUGAGAUGCAUCAUCCGCCUGAAGCCAACAGAUCUGAGGAUGUGAUCUACAGCUCAGUCAAGUAAACAUCAUGUGAUCGCAGCCGUUUCCUAUUGAUGCCGAUGGGAGACCUGGGUUUGAGUCCAGCUCAGGUCAUGUUUCCAUCUCACUGUCCUCUUGAUUUCACUUUUACACAUUUAUUGGACUGUUUUGCUGUUUAGACAUGAAUGGGUUUCUGUUUCUAAUGAGC